CGGAGCGGGCCAGGGUUGUCCUCAGUGCGCAGACUAGGGCCGGUGCCGGGCCAUGAACGCACCGCCCUCGAGUCCCCGAGCCGUGGAGCCCCGUCCGCGCCUCUCACCAUGGCGCGGCUCGCGGACUACUUCGUGCUGGUGGCGUUCGGGCCGCACCCGCGCGGGAGUGGGGAAGGCCAGGGCCAGAUCUUGCAGCGCUUCCCGGAGAAGGAUUGGGAGGACAACCCCUUCCCUCAGGGCAUUGAACUGUUUUGCCAGCCCAGUGGGUGGCAGCUAUGUCCUGAGAGAAACCCACCAACCUUCUUUGUUGCUGUCCUCACUGAUAUCAACUCUGAGCGGCACUAUUGCGCCUGCUUGACCUUCUGGGAGCCUGUGGAACCCACACAGGAAGUGGUGUGCACUGAGGAUGCCACAAAGAGGGAGGAAGAGGCAUGUGAGGGAGGCCAGGCACAGCUGUCACCCACAGCACCAGCCCAACCUGGACAGCUCUUUGCUCCAAAGACUCUGGUGCUGGUGUCACGACUGGACCACAUGGAGGUGUUCAGGAAUAGCCUUGGUCUCAUCUAUGCCAUCCACGUAGAGGGCCUGAAUGUGUGUUUGGAGAAUGUGAUUGGGAACCUGCUCACCUGCACUGUACCCCUGGCUGGAGGCUCUCAGAGAACCAUCUCUUUAGGGGCUGGUGAUCGGCAAGUCAUCCAGACCCCGUUGGCGGACUCACUGCCUGUCAGCCGCUGUAGUGUGGCCCUGCUCUUCCGACAGCUGGGCAUCACCAAUGUGCUGUCUUUGUUUUGUGCUGCCCUCACUGAGCACAAGGUCCUUUUCUUGUCCCGGAGCUACCAACGGCUUGCAGAUGCUUGCAGAGGCCUCCUGGCACUGCUGUUCCCUCUCAGAUAUAGCUUUACCUAUGUGCCCAUCCUGCCAGCUCAGCUAUUGGAGGUCCUUAGCACACCUACACCCUUCAUCAUUGGUGUCAACGCAGCCUUCCAAGCAGAGACCCAAGAGCUGCUGGAUGUGAUUGUUGCUGAUCUUGAUGGAGGAACAGUCACUGUCCCAGAAUGUGUGCACAUUCCACCACUGCCUGAGCCACUACAGAGCCAGACCCACAAUGUUCUGAGCAUGGUCCUGGAUCCAGAGCUGGAGUUGGCUGACCUUGCCUUCCCCCCUCCUACAACAUCUGCUUCCUCUCUGAAGAUGCAGGACAAAGAACUGCGUGCUGUCUUUCUGCGGCUCUUUGCUCAGCUCCUACAGGGCUACCGCUGGUGUCUGCACAUUGUACGUAUCCACCCAGAGCCCGUCAUCCGCUUCCAUAAGGCAGCCUUCUUGGGCCAACGAGGGCUGGUAGAGGAUGAUUUCCUGAUGAAGGUGCUGGAGGGCAUGGCUUUUGCAGGCUUUGUAUCAGAACGUGGGGUCCCCUACCGCUCUACAGACCUAUUUGAUGAGCUGGUGGCCCAUGAAGUGGCACGGAUGCGCGCAGAUGAAAACCAUCCCCAACGUGUCCUGCGUCAUGUCCAGGAAUUGGCAGAGCAGCUGUAUAAGAAUGAGAACCCAUACCCAGCUGUGACAAUGCACAAAGUGCAGAGGCCAGGUGAGGCAAGUCACCUGCGGCGGACCCCCCGACCCUUCCCCCGGCUAGAUGAGGGCACCAUUCAAUGGAUUGUGGACCAGGCUGCAGCCAAAAUGCAGAGUGCACCCCCAGCUGUGAAGGCUGAGAGGAAGACCACUGUGCCCUCUGGGCCCCCCAUGACGGCCAUACUAGAGCGAUGCAGUGGGCCACACAUUAACAGUGCCCGUCGUCUGGAGGUGGUGCGGAACUGCAUCUCCUAUGUGUUUGAGGGCAAGAUGCUUGAGGCCAAGAAGUUGCUCCCAGCUGUUCUCAGGGCUCUGAAGGGGCGAGCUGCCCGCCGCUGCCUCGCCCAAGAGCUACACCUACAUGUACAGCAGAACCGGGCAGUCCUGGAUCAUCAGCAGUUUGACUUCGUUGUCCGCAUGAUGAAUUGCUGCCUGCAGGACUGUACCUCCCUGGAUGAGCAUGGCAUUGCAGCUGCCCUGCUGCCCCUUGUCACAGCUUUCUGCCGGAAGCUGAGCCCAGGGGUAACACAGUUUGCAUACAGCUGUGUUCAGGAGCAUGUAGUAUGGAGCACUCCACAGUUCUGGGAGGCCAUGUUUUAUGGGGAUGUACAAACCCACAUCCGGGCACUCUACCUGGAGCCCUCUGAGGAUGGAGAGAGCCCCUCCCAGGAAUUUGGGGAGGCACAGUAUCAGGAUGAUCAACGCUCUGCUCUGGAUGUGGCUUCAGAGCAACGGCGCCUGUGGCCAACUCUGAGCCGUGAAAAGCAGCAGGAGCUAGUACAGAAGGAGGAGAGCACGGUGUUCAGCCAGGCCAUUCAUUAUGCCAACCGCAUGAGCUACCUCCUGCUGCCUCUGGACAGUAGCAAGAGCAGGCUUCUACGGGAGCGGGCAGGCCUGGGAGACCUGGAAAGUGCCAGCAACAGCCUGAUUACCAACAGCAUGGCGGGCAGCGUGGCUGAGAGCUAUGACACAGAGAGUGGCUUUGAAGAUGCAGAGACCUGCGAUGUGGCUGGGGCUGUUGUCCGCUUCAUCAACCGCUUUGUGGACAAGGUCUGCACAGAGAGUGGGGUCACCAGCGACCACCUCAAGGGGCUGCAUGUCAUGGUGCCAGACAUUGUCCAGAUGCACAUUGAGACCCUAGAGGCUGUGCACCGUGAGAGCAAGAGGCUGCCCCCUAUACAGAAGCCCAAGCUGCUGCGGCCACGCCUGUUGCCUGGAGAGGAAUGUGUCCUAGAUGGUCUGCGAGUCUACCUGUUGCCAGAUGGGCGUGAGGCGGGUGUGGGUGGCAGUGGAGGGGGCCCUGCUCUGCUUCCAGCUGAGGGUGCUGUCUUCCUUACCACGUACCGAGUCAUAUUCACAGGAAUGCCUACUGACCCCCUGGUGGGAGAACAGGUGGUGGUCCGCUCCUUCCCUGUGGCUACACUGACCAAGGAGAAGCGCAUUAGUGUCCAGACCCCUGUGGACCAGCUCCUGCAAGAUGGGCUGCAACUUCGUUCCUGCACAUUCCAGCUGCUGAAAAUGGCCUUUGAUGAGGAGGUGGGAUCUGAUAGUGCUGAGCUCUUCCGCAAGCAGCUGCACAAGCUUCGGUACCCACCAGAUAUAAGGGGCACCUUUGCAUUCACUCUGGGCUUGGCCUAUACACCUGGCCGGCCUGCACGGACUGCCAAGGACAAGGGUCCAUCUCUCAGAACUCUGUCCCGGAACCUCGUGAAAAAUGCUAAGAAGACCAUUGGGCGGCAAUAUGUUACUCGGAAAAAGUAUAACCCCCCUGGCUUGGAGCACCGAGGCCAGCCACCAUCUGAGGACCAGGAGGAUGAGAUCUCAGUGUCGGAGGAACUAGAACCCAGUACAUUGACCCCAUCCUCAGCCCUGAAGCCCUCUGAUCGCAUGACCAUGAGCAGCCUGGUGGAGCGGGCAUGUUGCCGUGACUACCAGCGACUCGGCCUAGGCACCCUGAGCAGCAGCCUGAGCCGGGCCAAAUCUGAGCCUUUUCGUAUCUCUCCAGUUAACCGCAUGUAUGCCAUAUGCCGCAGCUAUCCAGGGCUGCUAAUUGUUCCCCAGAGCAUCCAAGACAAUGCCCUGCAGCGCGUAUCCCGCUGUUAUCGCCAGAACCGUUUCCCUGUGGUCUGCUGGCGCAGUGGUCGCUCCAAGGCUGUGCUACUGCGCUCUGGGGGCCUGCAUGGCAAGGGUGUUGUUGGCCUCUUCAAGGCCCAGAAUGCACCUUCUCCAGGCCAGGCCCAGGCAGACUCUAGCAGCUUGGAGCAGGAGAAAUACCUACAGGCUGUGGUCAAUUCCAUGCCCCGCUACGCUGAUUCAACAGGACGAAACACACUCAGUGGCUUCUCUUCAGCCCAUAUGGGUGGUCAUGUGCCCAGCCCCAGAGCCAGGGUCACCACGCUGUCCAACCCUAUGGCCACCUCGGCCUCCAGACGGAUUGCACCCCGAGGUAAGUGGGGCAGUGUCCGAGUCAGCAGUCGUAGCAGUGGGCUUGGUGCUGAUGUGGGCUCUCGGCUAGCUGGCAGAGACCUCCUCAGCCCCCCCCAGGCCAAUGGGACUCCUUCUGAUCCAGGCUUUCUGCGGCCACAGCGUGCAGCCCUGUACAUCAUUGGAGACAAAGCCCAGCUCAAGGGUGUGCGCCCAGAUCCUUUGCAACAGUGGGAACUAGUGCCCAUUGAGGUGUUUGAGGCAAGACAGGUGAAGGCCAGCUUCAAGAAACUGCUGAAGGCCUGUGUCCCUGGCUGCCCUGCUGCCGAACCUGGCCCAGCUUCUUUCUUACGCUCUCUGGAGGACUCAGAGUGGCUGAUUCAGAUCCACAAGCUGCUGCAGAUAUCAGUGCUGGUAGUGGAACUUCUGGACUCAGGCUCCUCUGUCCUGGUGAGCCUGGAAGAUGGCUGGGACAUUACCACUCAGGUGGUAUCUUUGGUACAGCUCCUCUCAGACCCCUUUUACCGUACUCUGGAGGGUUUUCGUCUGCUAGUAGAGAAGGAAUGGCUGUCUUUUGGCCAUCGCUUCAGCCACCGUGGGGCCCACACCCUGGCUGGACAGAGCAGUGGCUUCACACCUGUCUUUCUACAGUUCUUGGACUGUGUACAUCAGGUUCACCUGCAGUUCCCCAUGGAGUUCGAGUUUAGUCAGUUCUACCUCAAGUUCCUUGGUUACCACCAUGCAUCCCGCCGUUUCCGGACCUUCCUGCUGGACUCUGAUUACGAGCGUAUUGAGCUGGGGUUGCUGUAUGAGGAGAAGGGUGAGCGCAGGGGCCAGCUGGCAUGCAGGUCUGUGUGGGAGUAUGUUGACCGGCUGAGCAAGAGGACCCCUAUGUUCUACAACUACACAUAUGCACCUGAGGACACUGAGGUCCUACGGCCCUACAGCAAUGUGUCCAACCUGAAGGUGUGGGAUUUCUACACUGAGGAAACACUGGCUGAAGGUCCCCCCUAUGACUGGGAGCUAGCUCAGGGCCCUUCUGAACCUCCAGAGGAGGAACGGCCUGAUGGAGGAGCUCCACAGAGCAGGCGUCGUGUGGUGUGGCCAUGCUAUGAUAGCCGCCCUCGAGUCCAGCCUGAUGCCAUAUCACGCCUGCUAGAGGACCUGCAGAGGUUGGAGACAGAGCUUGGGCGAUCCCCUGAACGCUGGAAGGACACAUGGGACCGGGUGAAGGCUGUACAGCGCCUUGAAGGCCGGCCAGAUGGACGUGGCACCCCUAGUUCCCUGCUAGUGUCAAGUGUGCCUCACCAUCGCCGCUCGCUAGGCGUGUACCUACAGGAGGGCCCUGUGGGCUCUACCUUGAGCCUCAGCCUGGACAGUGACCAGAGCAGCAGUUCAACCACAUCCAGCUCCCGCCAGGCUGCCCGCCGAAGCACCAGCACCCUGUACAGCCAAUUCCAGACAGCUGAGAGUGAGAACAGGUCUUAUGAGGGCACUCUGUACAAGAAAGGAGCCUUUAUGAAGCCCUGGAAGGCCCGCUGGUUCGUCCUAGACAAGACCAAGCACCAGCUACGUUAUUAUGACCACCGUGUGGAUACAGAGUGCAAGGGUAUCAUUGACCUGGCAGAGGUGGAGGCUGUGGCACCUGGCACACCCACCAUGGGUGCUCCUAAGACUGUGGAUGAGAAAGCCUUCUUUGACGUGAAGACAACACGUCGCGUUUACAACUUCUGUGCCCAGGAUGUGCCCUCGGCCCAGCAGUGGGUGGACCGGAUCCAGAGUUGCCUGUCAGACGCCUGACCCUUCCAGCCCUGCCCAGGCUGCUCUGCUUCCAGUCACUACAGACCACUAGGGGUGGGCAGGGCCGCCCCGGCCAUGUUUACAGCCCCGGCCCUCGACAGUAUUGAGGCCCUGAGCCCCCAGCACUUGUGUGUACAGUCCCCGCCCCACCCGGCUGGCUCUAACUUAUUGUGGUGUCAUGGUUAAGUACCAUUCAGGGACAUGGCCAUGGUACAGCCCUCUAAGGGGCUUGUAAAUAGUCCACCCUGCCCAGCCUGUCAGGGCCGCCUAUGGCCAGCUGGCUGUGGUGAGCCAUUUCUAGAACCAGAGUCUAUAUAAAGAGAGAACUAACGACA